ACCCUAAGCCACCGUCCUUUUAUGUACUUUAUAUAUAUGAGUGCAAAGAGUUAACACAGCAAUCAUAUCAACCCAGACCUCGAUAUCAUGACUUAAGAGAACGAGUGAAGCGUAUUGUGUCGCAAUGUUUUACACCCCAGUGGCGAGUAUGUGAAGCGCGCCUCGAGGAACAGCGCUGGCGACAGGUGUGAUAAUUAGGUGUGAAAUACGCUUCAUUCAUGUUCACGCGGAUGCUUUUACGCGGAAGGCAGACCUCCUUUCACAGGCGGACAAAACGGGCUGUGACAACCCGUCGUUCCGUGUGUUACGUGUAAUCUUGAUUCUUAAUGGCUUCUUUGCGAGUAGCGGUCCGAGUCCGCCCUCUGAACAAGCGAGAAAAGCAGUUUUCGUCGAACGUGAUAAUUCACAUGAAUGGGAACUCCACAUCUAUUCGCAAGCCCACCUCUAUCCGAGUGGACCAACAGAAGGACCAAGACAAGACCUUUAUUUAUGACUUCUCAUAUGAUUCAACGGACCCAGAAGGACCCACAUUCAUAUCGCAAGAGAGGAUUUUUCAGGACUUGGGGUCUGGAGUCUUGAAAGCUGCAUUUGAGGGCUUCAACUCCUGCGUGUUUGCUUAUGGCCAAACAGGCACAGGAAAAUCCUACACCAUGAUGGGUCACACAGGGGAUGAAGGUUUAAUUCCACGAAUCUGUCAAGGCUUGUUCUCCGAAAUAUCCCGUAGAGGCAAGAGCGAAGCCGUGUCAUUUCGCACAGAGGUCAGCUUUUUAGAGAUCUAUAAUGAACGUGUGCUGGACCUUCUGAAGAGAACUAAACCCACCGAUGGAGGCUUGAAAGUGAGAGAGCACCCCCGCGAUGGUCCCUACGUAGAGAAUCUGUCAAAGCAAUUGGUACACAACUACAGUGACAUGGACGACCUGAUCAUUCUUGGCAACGCCAACCGCACCACAGCCAGCACGUGCAUGAAUGAUUUCAGCAGCCGCUCCCACGCUAUCUUCACCAUCAGCUUCACCCAGGCGUGGUUUGAUGCAGAGAUGCCCCGCGAGACGCUGAGCAAGAUCCACCUGGUGGACCUGGCAGGCAGCGAGAGAGCGGAUGCCACAUGCACCACGGGCACGAGGCUGAAGGAAGGAGCCAACAUCAACAAAUCCCUGGUGACCCUGGGCAGUGUGAUCUCAGCUCUGGCUGAUCUUAGUGCGGGAGGACAGUCGAAAAAGAAGAAACAGACCUUCAUUCCUUACAGAGACUCGGUGCUGACAUGGCUACUGAAGGACAGCCUGGGUGGAAACUCUUUGACUACUAUGAUAGCAACUGUGUCUCCUGCUGAUGUGAACUACGGGGAGAGCCUGAGCACGUUGCGCUAUGCCAGCCGAGCUAAAAACAUUGUGAACUCUCCCACCGUAAACGAGGACGGCAGCGUGAAGGUGAUCCGAGAGCUGAAGGAGGAGGUUACCAGGCUCAGACGGCUACUAGAGGAAGCCAAUCAGGUGUCUCAUGGGGAUCCAUCUUCCUCUGUGAAGGUCGAGGAGGAGCUACAUCAGAAUCAGACACGGGUCCUCGCGCUGACCAAGGAGUGGACCUGCAAAUGGGGCGAGACUCAGAGUAUUUUGCAGGAGGAGACUGUGGCCCUGAGGAAGGAGGGCAGUGGAGUGGUCCUGGGCUGCCAAUUACCACAUCUGAUAGGCAUUGAUGAAGACUUGCUCAGCACUGGAAUAGUCCUGUAUUAUUUGAAAAAUGGCAGAACCGUGAUUGGGAGUGACGAAUCGUCAUGCAGUCAGGAUAUUGUACUCCAUGGGUCCGGGCUCCUCGGUAAACACUGUGUGCUUGAGAACCGGGCCGGCACCGUGACUCUGAUCCCUCAGGACGGUGCGCUGUGUUCAGUCAACGGCUCUGUGGUCACUGAUCCCUGCCAGCUGUCUCAAGGUGACAUCACACAGUUAGGAAGAGGAAGCAUGCUCCGGUUCAACCACCCGACUGAGGCUGCCCAGCUCAGAUACAAACUGCAGAGAGGGCCGCUUUCUGACAUCAGCCUCCCCUUGACUGAUGUGUCCACGUCCGCUGAGGAUCUGUCCCAGGUGAUGCUGCAAGACCCACGGAGGAUGAGAGCGGAGCUCAAUCAGCAGGAGGUGGAACGGCAGCAAGUAGAAGAAAGCAUGAACAAGCGCGACUGCGACAUCAAAAGACUUUCAAAGGAAAACGGCAGCGCUCUCCAUCGACAGAGUGCCGGAGAGGAGACAACAGGGGCACAGAUGGAAGAAACUGGCGAUGGCCAGAUGAAUAUGCUGGUUGCAGAGACGGCUGAAGUGCCAAGCUGUCUCGCCUCCCCUGCAAUAGAAAGGCACAGGAUUACAGCCGUGCCUGGAAAAUGUCCCGUCCCUCACACUAGAUAUGAGUUCGAUGGUGGGACGUGCCCCAGAGAUGGCCCGGAGCAGGAGAGGGACUUGUGUCAUCAAUCAGGGCCUGAGCUUUCCUCCACGACCACUGCGAGUGGAGCGGGAGUUGCAAGUUAUAACGAAGAAGGGGUUCGGUCAGGGGAUGGCAGCCUGCAGCCAGCGAGUGUCCUGGGCCCGGGUGAUGGAUGUGGCACAAAGCCAGAGGGGAAAGCUAACAAGAUCAAAGGCAGCAUGGCUGACUGCUACCAGGAGAGACCCGGCUCUGGUGGGAGCUCAUUAGGCACCGUGUCCCACCUGCAGAGCGGCGCAGGAACUGGCUCCACGUUCGUCCUCCCACAGACAAGCACUCCUUCUCGGCUCCACAAAAAGCCUCUUAGCAGUCAGGCAGCAUGCCGUCCCCCUGAGGAAACUUCUUUCAAGGGCCAGUUUGGUUGCGGAGAGAUGGAUGAAGCUGGAGGUUUGGAAGCGAUCCCGGCAGCGUGCGGGACGGAGACUGCAGCAGCCACGGUUCAGCACUCGGGGCUGGGUUCUUUGGUCAGCAGAGUUUCUUUGAUUUUCCAAGAUGCCGGUCGUUUCCUGUGGAGCUCUCGCACAGUACUACAGCAGGUCAAGGAAGAGGGACUACAGCCUGUCGGGGCCCGCUGGUCCAGCCAUGUCGUCUCUGUGGUCAGGGAAAGUUAUGUUCUGUCUGCAGUGAAGGACAGCCGGGUCUUCUCCAUGGUGAAAAGGAGCUUUGUCUUCUCUCUCUUUAAGGACAGUCCGAUCAUUUCCACGGUGAAAGAUCUGUCUCUCAUACAGCACAUCCAGAUGGAGUUAGCUAAAAAGAUAAUGCCUAAAGGGGCAGAUCAGAUGAUUGACGGACACAUUAAUCCUGACAAGACACAAGUCCCGGUCCUGACCCCAGCGGAAAUCUUUAGCAAGGCAGAAGGAUUGCCAGAGGACAUGCCACUAAUGCCAGAAGAUAUCUGUACGAGGAAUGCUGCAAUCGGGGAUCUGCGGUUAACACAAGAGCAAAACAUGUCUUAUAUUGAAGUGCAGGAACUAAUUACAGAGCUGUUGCCGGAAAAAUGCAGUAAGCCAGAGGUUACCCACGCAGACGAGACACUGGAGAAUCCGAGGACUGUGCAAAACGGAAACGGUGUCCAAAUCUUUCGUCAAACGUUGAUCAAAUUUCCAGCUUCCCUUUUAAACUUGCAAACUUUACCAUUUGUUGACAUGAUGGAUGCUUUACGGUCCCUCAUCCCCACCUCGGUGCUCACCUGCGAGAGGAUUGUAGCGCUCUAUUGGGUUAAUGUGGCUGAAUGCAGCCACCCCGAGCCCCGUCCCGCCCUCCUGAUCCUGGCGCAGACCGGCCUCUACAGCCUGAGCGACGACUUUGGGCUCUUGCUUUUGUUCCAUCACCUGCCCUUGUUCCAGCUGAAAGAGGUGCAGGUGGGCUUAGCAGGCCAGAGUCUGCGUUUGAUGGGUGCCACGGAGGAGAGCAUCCUGGGUGUCUACACCCACAGCCAGCAGCUGACCAAAGCGCUUUGCAGGGGCAUACUUGCCGCCAUCUUCCCCGGGGACAACGCGGUGCCUCGGCACCCACUGCUCCAUGGAGACUUGGCGAAGUUGUCUUUUGAGUGGGAGGCCUGUGUACCGGACCUGCAGCUGGAGGCUGGAUUAAGGGUUUACAGCCAGUUUCAGAAAAGUCUUGCUGAUCUGGUUUAUCUUCUUCAUUGUAAUAUGGAUCAGCAAGCCAUCGCUCUGGGAGAGGUGCAGAUCCUACUGUACACGGGUGUGAGGGUAUGCAUCAGCCCCGGCAGCCGCACAGAGUCUCUGGCUCAGCUUUUACUCACUGACACGUACCUCGGUCUGGUGCAGGACAACGCCGUCUUUCAUCAGACUCUUCCCUCCGUCACAAUUGCACCCUGCCGUCCCCAAUUCCAUGACUUAACUCUGCGUCAGUGCUCGGAUGUGCGUUGCGUGCUGGUGCACGAUGAGGACAAGCAUGGAGCGGUCACUGUGGAUGUAAUCCUAGCACACGUGAGGGGCAGGGGUCCCCCUGAAAACCCGACUAAGGCAGCUACCGAUUCAUCUCAUCAUGCUGAAGUGUGGAAAUUAACUUUCGGUUGCUCUUCUGAAGCGGCUUUCCUGAUCAAUCACUUGUCAAAUGUCUGAUCGAGGAUUGAACAUCCAGCAAUGAACCGUCUCUCACACACAGUGAUCCAAAGUGAAUCAUAACCAGAGAAAGAACAGCUUCACUGGUGAAUCCCAGUAACAACCAUGACCUAUUUAAACGUUGUUUAUUUCUCUAGAUUUUGUGGUGUCCUUUUUUUAAAUAAUGCAUGGCUUUAGUACUUUUACCUACCAACCCCUUGACUUUGUCUUUGUUCUUGUUUGUUUUGUUCAUUGACUACACGCCUUGCAUUAUUUUUGUCAAAAAGGUUGUCUUUACCCCAGUUUAUUAUAGAUUCUUUUUAAUGUUUGAAGGUCUGACGUUGAGGAUUAAAAACAUGUUUGUAACAGUUUAGUUUCAUGGGCAAUUAUAUUUAAUAUUUUAGAUUACUGAUUAUUAUGAUAAGUCCUUAAAUGGUGUGUAUAUUCUUUCUGUCUUUCUACUGUGCGUGAAGUCUCCAAUAUUUUAUAUAAAAAUAAAUAUAUUUGGUAAAAUGAA